UAACUGUCAUUAUAACUGUACAUGUAAUUGUGGUUGCUUUGAGAGGGGCAGAAGCAGAGAAGAGUGAGAAAGAAGAGAAGAGGCAGAGAUCUAGCAAUAGCAAUAGCAAAAUCAUAUCCUCUUCCCUCUCACUCCCUUCAAUCAUGGGCUUCCCAUCCAACGGCGCCUCGGCCGACAAGCCUCUCAACUUCCUCAUAUACGGCCGCACGGGCUGGAUUGGGGGCCUCCUCGGCACCCUCUGCAAAGCCCAAGGGAUCCAAUUCCAAUACGGCUCGGGCCGCCUCGAAAACCGUGCCUCGCUUGAAAACGACAUAGCUGAGGUAAAGCCCACCCACGUGUUCAACGCCGCGGGAGUGACGGGCCGCCCCAACGUCGACUGGUGCGAAUCCCACAAGGUUGAAACCAUCCGAACCAACGUGGCUGGGACCCUCACACUCGCCGACGUGUGCCACGACAAGGGCCUCAUCCUCAUCAACUACGCCACUGGUUGCAUCUUCGAGUACGAUUCCGCUCACCCCCUCGGAUCCGGAAUCGGUUUCAAGGAAGAAGACUCUCCCAAUUUCACCGGUUCCUUCUACUCCAAGACCAAAGCCAUGGUAGAGGAUCUGUUAAGGAACUACGAUAAUGUAUGCACGUUGCGGGUUAGAAUGCCUAUUUCGUCUGAUUUAUCGAACCCGCGCAAUUUCAUCACAAAGAUCACUCGAUAUGAGAAGGUUGUGGAUAUUCCGAAUUCGAUGACUAUAUUGGAUGAACUUCUUCCUAUCUCCAUUGAGAUGGCGAAGAGAAAUCUGACUGGGAUCUGGAACUUCACCAACCCUGGAGUGGUUAGUCACAAUGAAAUAUUGGAGAUGUAUAGAGAUUAUGUUGACCCUAACUUCACUUGGAAGAACUUCACUCUUGAGGAACAGGCGAAGGUGAUUGUUGCUCCCAGAAGCAACAAUGAACUUGACGCCUCCAAAUUGAAGGAGGAGUUUCCAGAACUGUUGUCUAUCAAGGACUCGCUCGUUCAGUAUGUCUUCAAGCCAAAUCAGAAGGUCAAAGGUUAAGUAUAAAGGUUAUAAUUUUUACUAUUCCCAUUCUCCUCAUUAUUUUCAGUUUGUGUGGAUGAAGCUGUGUAGAUGUUACUCUGAGUUCGUAUCCGGGUACGUGUAUUUUAUUUUUAUGUUGUAUCUUACUGAGUCAGUGAUUGAAUAAAUUAGUUGCAAGUUCGUUAGAUACGACGAGUUUUUUGUAUGCUGUCUCUCUUUUAUCAUGUUUAAAUGCUUUUGAGGUUGAGGCUUGAGCUCCUUUGCAUUCUCACUUACCAUCAAGUGAGUAUUGAUUGAUAUAGUAAAGCUGUCAACUUAACAUAGUAAACUAGUCUUUUUACAUGUACUUGAAUCAUAAGAUAUUUUAAGAGAGUGAACAAUGAUCUAGUAGGAUUGGUACUAACUGCUUGGUUGACUGCAACACGCAUGCACUUGAGUAAGUAGGGUGACCAAGAGGAACGAUGCCACUGCCUUUAAAAGUACAAAAACGAUACUGCAGGUGAAAUAACACGUUCGUUAAUUGUUCUCUUAUUUUCUGUCAUCCUAGUUUUAUUUUAUUUUUCAAUAAUCAAAUUCAAGCCUUGUAUUUUCUUUACGACCCUAACUUAAGCUUCAAGUAUUAAACUUGACUCAACUCGUUGCCUAAGAGACAACAAAGACGUUUGAGAAAGGUGUAACAUAGUUAUUCAGUGGUGAUUUUAGCUGGAAUGCAUGCAUCUUUAUUUGUAAUUUUUCUUUAGUAGCAGUAUGAACCCCCGCCCCUCCCCGCUUUUCUUUCCAGAGCAGUGCACAUAAACCAAAUGGAUUUAUUAAAUAUCGUUUAUUAUUAUUAUAUUUUGUGCUCUUCCUGC